CAAAUAAUCCAGUUUUCAUCAGUAGUCCCUCCAAAGAUUUAUACUUGAAUAAAGAGCAUUAUAACACUGAGCAUUAAGGCAUGUUUGACCAACCCAUGCAGGCAGUAACAACAUGUAGGCAUUGUAUUAGAGGGAGUGCACUCUCCACUUUUCAGCCAAUCAGGAUGAUUUUCACUUUAUAGACUUUGAACAUAUUGUGAGUAAACCUUCAUUUGGGUAGUAAGGUGUCAGUUCUGCAAUACAAAUGCAUUUUGCCACUAUGAUUAGAAAACUGGCUGCUUUGAUUCUUUGGACUGCAGCAUCUCUGAGUCAAACUAAUGACAUUCCUCAUCAGAUUCCUUUGGAAGUGGUUGAAGUUGGUGGGAAUAUUACUCUGCAUUGUCCACUUUCAAAGACGGAGCGCAAAUUCUUCUACUGGUACAAGCAGCCGCUUGGACAUAUGCUCCAGACAGUUUCUUCAGGAAGCUUGACUGAACAAAAACUCAGUGAACAAUUUAACAACAAUCGCUUUAAUUUAACAGCGGGGGAUUCUCAGUGCUCUCUGACUAUCAAGAAUAUCAGUAAAGAGGAUGAAGCAAUGUAUUUCUGUCAAGGUGGGACUGCUUAUUUUCAGCAUUUUGCUGCAGGGAUGUACUUGGCCGUAAACGAUCAUAACAGUCCAACACUGACUCAUGUCAGACAAACCCCAGAGACAACAUCAGUCCAGGACGGGGACACAGUUAAUCUCCGCUGUUCUCUUCUGUCCAACACUUCUGUAAACUCUGGUCAAUGUCCAGCUAAAAACAAUGUGUACUGGUUCAGAGUCGGAUUCGGAGCCUCCCAUUCAAGCUUUAUUUACACUAACAAAAGCAGCUGUGAUGCUCAGCAAAGGAGCUGUGACUACCAGCUGUCAAAAACUAUACAGACGUCCUCAGAUGCUGGAAUAUAUUACUGCGCUGUGCUCACAUGUGGGAAGAUCCUGUUUGGAGAAGGAACUAAAGUAGAGAUGAGUAAGCCUUUGGAACCUCUUCUCAUUGUCCUGAGUCUGCUGUUGGGUCUUUGUGUGAUAGUGAUCGCAAUUCUUAUAUUCUCCAGAGAUUAA